AUGCCAACUACAGGAGGUUUCAUAUUUGCAUUAACAUCAGGAGCAGCCAUAAGAUUAUUUCAAACAGGAUUAAGUGGAUCACCACCAAAAUUAUCACAAAAAUUAAUUGGAUAUGGAUCAACAAUGACAAUAACUGGAUUAUUUUAUUAUUUUAUAAUAGAUCCUUCUAUACAAUCAAAUAGAGAAUUGUUAGUUAGAAGAUUGACACAAUUAAGAGAACAAAGAUCUAAAAGAAAUGCUAUAGUUGAAGGAAUUGAACAUGAUGAAGAUAGAUUAUUUAGUUCGAAUAAAAGAGGUAGAUUUUUCACAUUAUUUGAUAAAUAUAGUCAACCUUAUAGAUAG